AUGCGACAGGAACUCAAUCGCUCGUUGAUGUCCCCCCAUUUAAUAGAACAACAAAUGGCCACGCUUCAGCUGACCCCGGACCAAUACUUGAGCUUUGGCGAGCUGAUGAAGCCCUCACAGGCGCUGAUCAGCAGGCUGCAAAGGGCCGAUCAGCUCGACCGGAUCCUACUCACGAGGGCCUCAACCUUCUUCGUGCUGGCGUGUCUGUACAUCCUCAAAAAGCGGAUCCUGGACCGCAGCUUCUCGCUGCUUCCCACCCUCCUCUCUCCCCUCAGCCGGACGACGGCUCAGAUCAUCGCAAAUAACAAGCAGGCCGCCGUCGCCAUCGCCUCAACUGGCGCGCAGGAUGUCCUGCUGGGCGCUUCAGCAGAGGCCGCCGCCGCCGCUGUGACCACCUACACAGUCGCUUUCAUCCCAAGCCUCGCAUCCCCCAAUUUACCCCCAGCCGUCGCCGAACUUCCGCUGACACCCACCCCCGCCAAUCCAUCUGUCCCCCAAAUGCCAGACAUUGAACUGCUUCAUGAAGAGCUUCAAAUCUCAUACAAAUACCCUGUUCAGAUUGCUACCCCAAAUCUUUGUAUUGUAUUUCCUGGGCCUGACAAGCAGCUGUCAUCCCUCUUGUUUGCUCUCCCUGGUGGUCAUUGGCCUGUGGAUUUGGGCAAUGAACGACACGGAGGUUGA